AUGCGACUUUCACUGGCUGCUGAAGAAGUUGCUUCAUUUUAUGCGGCAAUGCUUGAUCAUGAAUAUACAACGAAGGAAGUCAUGACUCCAGAGGAGCGCGAAAAAAUCACCGAUCUGAAGCUCUGUGAUUUCCGUCAGAUGCACGCGCAUUUCGUAAAACUAAGCGAAGAGAGAAAAGCAAUGAGCAAAGAAGAGAAACAAAAAAUCAAACAAGCUAAGGAGGAAGAAGCAAAAAUAUACGCCUAUGCAUAUAUUGAUGGGCAUAAGCAGAGGGUGGGCAACUUCCGAAUUGAGCCGCCAGGUCUAUUCCGAGGACGCGGUGGCCAUCCAAAGAUGGGACGUCUGAAGAGACGCAUCAACCCCGAGGAUGUGAUCAUCAAUUGUUCAAAGGAUUCUGAAAUACCGCAGCCACCACCGGGGCAUCACUGGAAGGAAGUGCGGCACGACAACACUGUCUCAUGGCUGUGUUCGUGGACUGAAAAUAUACUGCAAACGCCGAAAUACAUUAUGCUAAACCCGUCAUCGAAAAUCAAGUGUGAGAAGGAUUAUGAGAAAUUUGAAACUGCGCGACGACUGAAAGAUAAGGUGGAAAGCAUUCGUGAGGCAUACACCAGGGACUUCAAGAGCAAAGAGAUGCGUAUAAGACAACGAGCCGUGGCGCUUUACUUCAUCGACAAGGUAUUACUACUUUGA